UAAUAAUUUUACCAAACACUUUUGUAAACAAUUGACUUAAACAACUAGCUUAAAAAGUCAAUCCAUACAGCUAAUACUUCCGGCUAGUCAAACAAGCCAAACAAACAAGCUAACAGCCAACCGCCGAUUGCCAAACAACCCUAAGGCCGGACUCUUAUGUCAAUUUUUCCGUAAUUAAACAAAAAAAACCUCUUAUGACAAUACUACGUGUCAUUCGACCAUUGGUCCACCACAGCGAGUAUCUCUCUUUUUCCUUUUCCUAUCUGGCAUCGUAAAUUCACUCUUCCCCGCUCCAAAAAAAAAAAAAAAUUGUUUUUGGUUCCUCUAAUCUCUCUCAUUCUCUUCAUCAGUCACUAAUUUUUUUAUUUCAAUCCAAAAAAUUUUAAUUAGGUUUAAAUUUUAAUAUUUUUUGGCUGAAUUUCUGUCGAAGUUUGCACUGAAAUUGUACGGUUGAUUUGAAAAUUAGGGCAAAAUUGGAUACCAAUUAUGUGAUCGGAAGUGUAAAUUUCAAGCUUUUUUGCAUUGAUUUUAAUGGCGUCGAUUCGACGAACACUUUCACCGGCGAAUCAAGAUCGGAGUUAUCAGAACGGAUCAUCUUCAAGUCCAUUUUCGUCGAAUUCGUCGUCUCACAAAGCGUCGAAUUCGAGCAUUUUCGUAAAACCUCGGCGAAUUUUCGCCGGAAUAUUCCUGCUUCGGAGUUCCCGGAGAAAUCAACAGCAUUCAUGGAGGAGACAAUUUUAUCGUUGUUUGCUUUGCUUCUUAAUCGGAAUUUUGUUAGGUAUUUUUCCAUUUGGUCACAUUGAAGAAGAUGAUGUUAGAAUUCAUGAUUUCUCAUUCGAGAUCAAAUCUCAAGUUGAGAAUAAUGUUAAAGAGAAGGAGAUGUUGAGAAAUGAAGAUUCCGGGGUUACCGCGAAAAUGAGCGAGGUUGAGGUUAAGCUUGAUGUGGUGUUAGCAGAGAAAUUUGAUUAUCAACCUAGGAAAUUAUUGAUUAUUGUUACUCCAACUUAUAAUAGGGCACUUCAAGCUUACUAUAUGAAUAGAAUGAGUCAAGUUUUGAAGCUUGUUAAUCCUCCUGUGUUGUGGAUUGUGGUGGAAAUGAGUGCUCAGUCCCCGGAAACCGCCUCGAUUUUAAGGAAUACUGGAGUAAUGUACCGCCAUUUAGUAUGCCAUAAGAAUUUGACUGAUAUAAAAGAUAGAGGUGUUGAACAAAGGAAUGCUGCACUUGAGCAUAUUGAGAAACAUAAACUUGAUGGCAUUGUUUACUUUGCUGAUGAUGAUAAUAUCUAUUCUUUGGAGCUUUUUGAAAGUAUUAGAAAAGUCAGCCGUUUUGGCACGUGGCCUGUUGCUAUGCUGGCACAAAGCAAAAAUAAGGCCAUACUUGAAGGUCCAGUAUGCAAUGAAAGUAAAGUGAUUGGGUGGCACACAAAUGAGAAAAGCAAGGCACUCCGUAGAUUUCAUGUUGAUAUGUCUGGGUUUGCAUUUAAUAGCACUAUCUUGUGGGAUCCAAAGAGGUGGAGACGUCCCUUUUUGAAUCCAGUGCGGCAGCUGGACACCGUGAAGGAGGGUUUCCAGGAGACAACAUUUAUAGAGCAAUUGGUCGCAGAUGAAAGUCAAAUGGAAGGUAUGCCUAAUGACUGUGGAAAGAUUAUGAACUGGCAUCUUCACUUGGAUGCUCGUGGGGUUGCAUAUCCAAGAGGGUGGCUUCUUCAGAAAAACUUAGAUGCUGUCCUGUCCAUCGAUUAAAUUGACAACUCUCUUUUUGAUUUCAACUUAAUGAAGUGUUAUGGUAUGGACUUGGAGUUGCAGUGGUUGCUUCAUCCUACUUGCUAAUCAUCGAAUCCGUUUAUCUCCAGAAGCGCAUGCAGCAGCAUACAAAUUAAGCUUGGGGCUGAGUGAGGAUUUAUGUCCAUUGACAUAUAUACUCUCUCGGGCUAUGCUAUUCAGCUUUCUCAAAGGGGAAAUUUGGAUGUCAUUUGGAAAAAGAAGAGAGAAUAUAGUUUAGCCAUAGAAAUUCAAUUAAAUUCUUGGGCACUGGUAGCCUAUAGCCCUCCAUUUUUUCUUUUAAACUUGGUGGUUUUGUUAUGCCUUGCGAAUCAGGUUCUGAAGUGUAUACAGUGUGACUUGUGUACAAAAAGUUGUGCCUCAAAAUUUUCUUCUGUGAGUAAAAAUUGCAGACUGUAUUGGUGAAUCAAAAGACAGUAAAGUAUUAUGACAAAAGAUAGCGAUGUUAUUAGCCUUCUGAA